GUCUUGAAUAUUUCUGCUUGAUGUGUUCUGUGUGCUGCUCCUGAGUGCGGGGAGUUCGGGCAAGCUCAGAAGUCCGAACAUGGUAUAUACUGAAGACCAGCUAAGACAUCUAGUCUCAUGGCUUGAACAACUAUUGGAAUCUUUUACUUUCCAUUGGUAGAUAGGCAGUUUUGGAUUCGUGGAACCACCGCCUACCCAUUGAAGAAGAUGUGCUGGUUAACAAUUGUGCUCCACAGUGUUUGCCAUGUGUUUCCUUCUUUGCUCUGAGGGUUGUCUCAUAAUUAUCAGGGUAUAGUGACCUAUGAUGAUGUGCAUGUGAACUUCACUCAGGAAGAGUGGGCUUUGAUGGAUCCUUCUCAGAAGAGUCUCUACGAAGAUGUGAUGCUGGAGACAUAUAGGAAUCUUAUAGCUAUAGGCUACAUUUGGGAAGAUGAUAAUAUUGAAGAACAUCUUCAAAGUUCUAGAAGAUAUGAAAGGCAUGAAAGAAGUCAUACUGGAGAUCAACCCUCUCAGUUUAUUCAGUGUGGGAAAGCCUUUGCAUUUCAGAGUCAUACCCAAAGACUUGAAAGAAUUUAUACUGGAGAGAAACCCUAUGAAGUUGUCCCACAUUUUGAAGACUUUGCAUAUCAUAGUAGUCUCCAAAUACAUAAAACAACAGUUGCUAGAGAGAACACGUAUGAGUGUAACCAAUGUGGUAGAAAAUUUGUAUCUCCCAGUUCUCUUCAAAGCCAUAAAAGGGUUCAUACAGGAGAGAAACCUCUUGAAUGUAAUCAUUGUGGUAAAGUCUUUACACAAACCAAUCCUCUCCUAAGACAUAAAAGAAUAUGUACUGGACAGAAACCUUAUGAGUGUAGCCAAUGUGGUAAACACUUUGCAUGUCAGAAAGGUUUGUUAUAUCACAAAAGAAAGCAUACAGGAGAGAAACCCUAUGAGUGUCAUCAGUGUAAUAAAGCCUUUAUAGUUCAUAGUCAUCUUCAAGUACAUAGAAGAACACAUACCGGAGAGAAACCUUUCAAAUGUAACCAAUGUGGUAAAGCCUUUGCAAGAAGCAGUCAUCUUCAAAUACAUAGAAGAACACAUACUGGAGAGAAACCUUUCAAAUGUAACCAAUGUGGUAAAGCCUUUACUACUAAUAGUUAUCUUCAAAUACAUAGAAGAACACAUACUGGAGAGAAACCUUUUGAAUGUAACCAAUGUGGUAAAGCCUUUGCAACAAACAUUUGCCUUCAACUACAUAGAAGAACACAUACUGGAGAGAAACCCUUUGAAUGUAACCAGUGUGGUAAAGCCUUCACAACAAAUAGUUAUCUUCAGAUACAUAGAAGAACACAUACUGGAGAGAAUCCUUUUGAAUGUAACCAAUGUGGUAAAGCGUUUGCAACAAACAGUUGCCUUCAAAUACAUAGAAGAACACAUACUGGAGAGAAACCUUUCAAAUGUAACGAAUGUGGUAAAGCCUUUGCACAAAACAAUCAUCUCCUAAGACAUAAAGGAAUACAUACUGGAGAGAAACCUUUUGAAUGUAACCAGUGUGCUAAAGCCUUUGCACAAAACAGUGAUCUUCAAAUACAUAGAAGAACACAUACUGGAGAGAAACCCUUUCAAUGUAACCAAUGUGGUAAAGCCUUUACGACAAACAGUGGCCUUCAACUACAUAGAAGAACACAUACUGGAGAGAAACCUUUCAAAUGUAACCAAUGUGGUAAAGCCUUUGCAACAAACAGACGUCUUCAAAUACAUAGAAGAACACAUACUGGAGAGAAACCUUUCGACUGUAACCAAUGUAGUAAAGCCUUUGCCACAAAUAGUGAUCUUCAAAAACAUAGAAGAACACAUACUGGAGAGAAACCUUUCGAAUGUAACCAAUGUGGUAAAGCCUUUGCACAAAACUGUCAGCUCCUAAGACAUAAAGGAAUGCAUACUGGAGAGAAACCUUUUGAAUGUAACCAGUGUGAUAAAACCUUUGCAACAAACAGUGGCCUUCAAGUACAUAAAAGAGCACAUACUGGAGAGAAACCUUUUGAAUGUAACCAGUGUGAUAAAACCUUUGCAACAAACAGUAGCCUUCAAAUACAUAGAAGAACACAUACUGGAGAGAAACCUUUUGACUGUAACCAAUGUGGUAAAGCCUUUGCAACAAACAGUGGCCUUCAAAAACAUAGGAGAACACAUACUGGAGAGAAACCUUUCAAAUGUAACCAAUGUAGUAAAGCCUUUGCACAAAAAUGUCAGCUCCUAUCACAUAAAAGAAUACAUACUGGAGAGAAACCUUUUGAAUGUAGCCAGUGUGAUAAAGCCUUUGCACAAAACAGUCAUCUUCAAAUUCAUAGAAGAGCACAUACUGGAGAGAAACCCUAUGACUGUCAUCAAUGUGGCAAAGCCUUUUCAAGUCGAUCUGGUCUCAUACAUCAUAACAGAACACAUAACACAGACAGGAGAGAAACCCCAUGAAUGCAAUCAAUGUUGUAAAGCCUUUUUUUGUCCUUGUCUUUAAUAGCUGCAUAGUAUUCCAUUGUAUAAAUGAAACAUUUUCUUUACCCACUCAUCUGUUGAAGGACAUCUGGAUGGUUUCCAGUUUCUGGUCUCACAAAUAAAGCUUCUAUGAACAGAAUAAAGCAGGUGUCAUGUGGUACGGUAGAACACAGGUUGGGUAUAUGCCCAGCAGUUGAAUGCUGUGUCAUGAAUAGAAUUAUUCCCAGUUUUCUGAGAAACUGCCAAAUUAAUAUCCAGAGAGGUUGUACAAGUUUUCACUUCUACCAGC